AUGGAAUUCGAUAGUGGAGUUGUGGUUGGGACAGACUCGAGAACAAGUUCUGGGAGUUACAUAUCAUCGCGCGCCACAGAUAAAAUCACACCUGUUACGGAUCGUAUGGUAGUUUGUCGUUCGGGCUCUGCUGCGGAUACACAAGCCAUUUCUGAUAUUGUAAAGUAUUAUAUUGAAGUUUAUUCAAUGAUGGAAGAAGAAGAAGUUACUGUUGGACGCUCUGCUCAAAUAUUUCGAAAUUUUCUGUACAAAUAUCGUGACUCUUUAUCAGCAUCGGUUCUGGUUGCUGGCUACGAUGAUAUUGAAGGUGGACAGUUGUAUGCAAUUCCAAUGGGUGGUUACGUAACUCGACAGCGGUGCGCAGCGAGUGGUAGGGGUAGUACAUUCGUACAAGGUUUUCUAGAUAGUCAGUGGAAGCCAGGAAUGACUGCUGAAAAAUGCAAAGAAUUAGUACUCAAUGCAGUAGCUUUGGCAACAAUCCGUGAUGGUUCUUCUGGUGGUGUUAUUAGACUAGCUGUUAUCGACAAAACAGGCACACAAAGAACACUUAUUCGACCGGAUGGGAAUCAGUUUCCGAAAUUUGCUGUUAUACCAGCACAUUUAACAUACCCGAAACACAUUAUUCAGUGA